UUAAUUGGAGUCGACAUGAGAAUGGCACAGUGCCUUCAGCAAUAUAUAACAAUGUUAAGAUAAAAGUUUAGUUCAAGUGCUGCUAAAUACCGUUGGUGCACGCACUCAGCUGCAAAUUUGUUGGAAUUAUUUUAUAAAAUGAAAUAAAACAGAGGUACAUGUAUAACUGCUUCUAUUAAGUUACUGUCUGAUUCAAAAUGAGUGAAGAUAUUCCUCUGGAUGAGAUGGAUGAGGUUGAUGAUAUUGAAGAUGAAGAUAAUCUGGAUGAGUUGGGAGUAGAACAAUCUACACCUGAAAAACGUGCCAGACAUGCUAUCACAGGAAGGGGAGUAACUCUGCAAAUGUUGAUGGCAGAUGGAAUUAUCAAACCUGGGGAUGGUGUGCUGUCUUUAGAGUACUUGGGCCAGAAAUUUACAGCUGAUCUGCAAUCAAAUGGGAAGAUUAAAUCAAAUGAGACAGACCAAAUUUUCAGUUCGCCCAGCUCAUGGGCAAUCUUCUGUAAAAAGCUUGUCAACCCUGCAAAAAAAUCUGGAUGUGGCUGGGCCUCGGUUAAAUACAAAGGCAGAAAACUGGACUCAUGGAAAACAAGCUGGUUCAGGCAACAGAAACCAAGAAAACCUCACAUCCCAGGGUCUCAGUCUCCAGCUAGCAGCAUCUCCAGUGAGACUAUAGAUCUUUUCCAGAAGCCCGGGCUAGCUGAUGACACCAGUUCUAUCAACUCUGAGUCUACAAUUGGAACUUUUGGAAUGACUCCUUGUAGUUCAUUUGGAACAGACCUGCAAGCUGCUGCAAAGGAUUUAACAGAUAGUUCAUCUGUGAAGAGCAGCGUGUUAGAAGAUGAUAAUGGUGUGUUAGAUCUUACAACAAAACCCAAGUCAAAGGAUUCAAUACCAUCCAGCAUAUCUGAGCCAGCAAAUCUUUGUUUUAUGGGUGAGCAAGAAGAAGCAUUAAAUCUAUCCUUGAAAGCAACCCCAGCAAAGAAAUCAGUGGAGGUCAAAGUAGAGAAACGACCAGAAAGUCCUGAAAUUACCAAAAAUGACAGAACACCAGUGAAACAUAGCUCACUGCCAGACAGAUCUAAAGUUGUAGAUAUGAACCAGCUAGUAUCAUGUGAAAUGUUCACCAGUUUAGGGAAAAUACAGCCUUAUACGGUUUCCAUGUCAACCAACUCAUUACUUCUGAUGGACUUCCAUUGUCAUCUCACCACGAGUGAAGUGGUUGGGUAUCUUGGUGGAAAAUGGGACCAAAGUGCACAACACUUGAGUAUUCAGCAAGCAUUCCCAUGUCGUUGUCGACUCAGUGAUUCCCAGAAUGCAGCACUAGUAGAAGAGGAGAUUCGAAACCACAUGAAGCAUCUUGGGAUGUCGCUAGUUGGCUGGUUCCACUCUCAUCCAUACUCCCUACCGGAACCAUCUGUCAGGGAUCUAGAGUGUCAAAUGUCAUAUCAGCUGAAAAUGAAGGGUGCUAAAUCUACAUACUUCCCAUGUGUUGGAAUCAUAAACUCGCCAUAUUAUGGAAAAUCAUUGAAGACAGAAUCUACAGUACAAAUGUAUAUGGUUAUGCCACCUCCAGAGUCAUCAAACACAGAUUAUGGCAUCCCAAUGUCUCUAAAAUACUCUGUAAAACAGAAUCAUUCAGUUAGUGAAGAGCUUCUUACUGAAAUGAAAAAGUUGGUAGAAUUUUAUCGAGGGGCCCCUGACUGGAUCUCAUUUCAACAUUCAUGGCACCCAAGUGUGACAUACCUGGAAAAACUAAAGACCUCACUUGGAAAUAAAUUACCAGAGGACCAACUUGACAAUGGAACAUUUAUGGAAUUUGUUCAGCAUGUCCUUACAUCUUAGAAAUAUAAAAUAUGUGUAUACUCAUGGCAUGACAAAGGCAUUUUUGGAGAUAGCAGCAACCAUACAGAAUAGAACUUCCAUGGAAUGGAAAAUAAAAAUGGGAUUUCUGAAGUGUGACACCUGGAAAAACUAAAGGAAAUAGCAGCAACCACACAGAAUAAAACUUCCAUGGAUUGAAAAAUAAAACUGGGAUUUCCAAAGUGUGACACACCUGGAAAAACUAAAGGAAAUAGCAGCAACCACACAGAAUAAAACUUCCAUGGAUUGAAAAAUAAAACUGGGAUUUCCAAAGUGUGACACACCUGGAAAAACUUAAGGAAAUAGCAGCAACCACACAGAAUAGAACUUCCAUGGAUUGGAAAAUAAAAAUGGGAUUUCCAAAGUGUGACACACCUGGAAAAACUUAAGAAAAUAGCAGCAACCACACAGAAUAGAACUUCCAUGGAUUGAAAAAUAAAACUGGGAUUUCCAAAGUGUGACACACCUGGAAAAACUUAAGGAAAUAGCAGCAACCACACAGAAUAGAACUUCCAUGGAUUGGAAAAUAAAAAUGGGAUUUCCAAAGUGUGACACACCUGGAAAAACUUAAGAAAAUAGCAGCAACCACACAGAAUAGAACUUCCAUGGAUUGAAAAAUAAAACUGGGAUUUCCAAAGUGUGACACACCUGGAAAAACUUAAGGAAAUAGCAGCAACCACACAGAAUAGAACUUCCAUGGAUUGGAAAAUAAAAAUGGGAUUUCCAAAGUGUGACAUACCUGGAAAAACUUAAGAAAAUAGCAGUAACCACACAGAAUAGAACUUCCAUGGAUUGAAAAAUACAACUGGGAUUUCCAAAGAGUGACCAACCCCUGGAAAAACUAAAGGAAAUAGCAGCAACCACACAGAAUAGAACUUCCAUGGAUUGAAAAAUGCAACUGGGAUUUCCAAAGUGUGACACACCUGGAAAAACUUAAGAAAAUAGCAGCAACCACACAGAAUAGAACUUCCAUGGAUUGAAAAAUACAACUGGGAUUUCCAAAGUGUGACACACCUGGAAAAACUAAAGGAAAUAGCAGCAACCACACAGAAUAGAACUUCCAUGGAUUGGAAAAUAACAAGAGCUGUCCGUAAGACAGCCAAGCUCGACUAUUCGAAAUAUUGUCCCAGAAGCAGGAAAAUAUUAUCCAAAUGGUUAAAUAUCAAAAGAGUUUUAAGUUCAAAAGGGGAAUAAUUUGACCAAAAUGCAUAUCAGUUAUGGGACUUGCUGCUAUCAACUAGUUUUAUAACCCCGAAGGCACAUGUGAAGUUUCAAUUCAAUAUCUGCAUUAGUUUUGGAGAUAGAAACUUGCAUGUAAAACUUUAACCAGAAUUUUCAAAGUCCAAAAGGGGGCAUAAUUUGCCCAAAAUACAUGCCAGAGUUAUGGGACUUGAUCCAGUGAGGUUAGUAAUUGAUCUAGAAAAAGAAAAAAUAAGUUUCAAAUCUAUAUGCCUUUUAGUAAUAGCUGUAUGUACUUGCAUGCAAAACUUUAACCAGAAUUUGCUAAGUCCAAAAGGGGACAUAAUUUGGCCAAAAUGAAGGUCAGAGUUAUGGGACUUGCUGCUAUCAACUAGUUUUAUAACCCCCGAAGACACAUGUGAAGUUUCAAAUCAAUAUCUGCAUUAGUUUUGGAGAUAAUAACUUGCAUGUAAAACUUUAACCAAAAUUUUCUAAGUCUAAAAGGGGGCAUAAUUUGCUCAAAAAACAUGUCAGAGUUAUGGGACUUGACCCAGUGAGGUUGGUAAUUGGUCUAGAAAAAGAAAAAAUAAGUUUCAAAUCUAUAUGCCUUUUAGAAAUAGCUGUAUGUACUUGCACGUAAAACUUUAACCAGAAUUUUCUAAGUCCAAAAGGGGGCAUAAUUUGGCCAAAAUGAAGGUCAGAGUUAUGGGACUUGCUGCUAUCAACUAGAUUUAUAACCCCGAAGACACAUGUGAAGUUUCAAAUCAAUAUCUGCAUUAGUUUUGGAGAUAGUAACUUGCAUGUAAAACUUUAACCAAAAUUUUCUAUGUCUAAAAGGGGGCAUAAUUUGCUCAAAAUACAUGUCAGAGUUAUGGGUCUUGACCCAGUGAGGUUGGUAAUUGAUCUAGAAAAAGAAAAAAUAAGUUUCAAAUCUAUAUGCCUUUUAGAAAUAGCUGUAUGUACUUGCACGCAAAACUUCAACCAGAAUUUUCAAAGUCCAAAAGGGGGCAUAAUUUGGCCAAAAUGAAAGUCAGAGUUAUGGGACUUGCUGCUAUCAACUAGUUUUAUAACCCCGAAGACACAGGUGAAGUUUCAAAUCAAUAUCUGCAUUAGUUUUGGAGAUAGUAACUUGCAUGUAAAACUUUAACCAAAAUUUUCUAAGUCCAAAAGGGGGCAUAAUUUGCUCAAAAUACAUGUCAGAGUUAUGGGACUUGACCCAGAGAGGUUGGUAAUUGACCUAGAAAAAGAAAAAAUAAGUUUCAAAGCUAUAUGCCUUUAAAUGAUAGCUGUAUCUACUUGCAUGCAAAAACUUAACCAAGGUGUGACGCCGACGCCGACACCGACGCCGACGCCGACGCCAGGGUGAGUAGAAUAGCUAGACUAUUCUUUGAAUAGUCGAGCUAAAAAUGGGAUUUCCAAGGAAGGAAAAAUGUAAAAGGUUUUCCAUGGAUUACAACUUUAUUUUAAAGGGAAAUUUCAUGGGUAGGAACGAAAAAAAAAGGGGUCCGGGUCUUCAGUAACACACAUCACCUCAUUAUGAGGAACAUUUAUGCCAAGUAAUUUCUAAAAAACUUCCAUGGACUGGAAAAUACAGGAAGGAACUAUCAAAGAAUCUUAACCAAUGUCUGAAAGGAUAUAGAGAAUAGAAAAAUCAGGAAUUUUUAUUAAGAAUUCAGUUUUGCUAUAUUCACAAAAUAUAAUAGGAAUUUAG